AUGCUUUGUAAUACUUUCUUAUUAGGUGUGUUAGAACUCAUGCCGAGUUUAUUCUUGCAUUCGGUACAAUACCAGACCUCUGGUAACGGUGGUUUAACAUUAACGCAUCCCAAGUGGAACCACUGGAAUUGACAAUCAUCGUUGUCACAACCAAUCAUUUCUCCAUAAGACUUCUUCUGGCAAUAACAAUAAACAUUUUCAUCCUCAUCAGCUUCACCGGUAAUACCACCCUUUGUAGAGUCUGAGAUUGAUUCAUCCUCCAUCGCGUCAAUUGAUUGAUCUUCUUCACUUUCAGAAGGACGAGCUGAGGAUUGACGUGACUUCUUGCUGGUGUUAUUACCACUGCUUGGAUUGAGACUACUAAGCUUGCGCUUCUUUUGAGUGACUUCUGACACUCCUGGUGUUGAUAUUUUAUCGGUAAUUGAUGGCCUUUUCUGGCUAUUACUGGACAAACUUUUAUUGAGAGCAGCGGGUGUAGGUGUAGAUGGAGCUUUUUGAUUGAAUGGAUUGGAUAUAAGAGUAGCAGGGGAGUUCAGUGGAGCAUUACCAGCGUUUAGGUUAGCCGAUAGUUGCUGCACCGUAACCAAGUCAACGUUAACUCUCUUCACGUGUUUAUCAAUCAGCAUUUUAAGCUUAUUCGACCAUUCCAGUUUUUCAUUAGCCAGUUUAUCGAGUCUAUCAUACUCAGAUUUGAGAUAAUUAUCAAAGUCAGUAUCAGGUUUAGUUUCCUCCUUGUUGGUAGUACUCCCAGGUGGUUUAGUUUUCAACAUUGUCGUAUUCAAUUCCACCUCUUUACGCUGUAUAUUAUCGCGUAUCUCUGAGGAUGACUGAUCUCUGAGUCUAAUUUCAGUUAAAAUAAAUUGAAACUCCUGCUGGAGAUUGUCAAGGCUAUUGACGAAUUCUGUGGCUACUACUGCAGCCUCAUCCAUCUCACAACUUGGUGGUGUCGAUAGAACGAUGAAGACAACGGAAGGGGUUAAAGUAAUUUCAACCCUAGUUAGACAGCCAGCCGGUGUAGAGUCUAGUAAACAAGCGAAUGAUCCUAAUAAAUCAAACUAUGAACCUGAACUAGAGACUAACUCUAGAAAUAGGGAUAAUGUGAUGAAUGCAGCUGAGUGGAAUUCACAUCUCAUUUGGGCUAGAAGAGAGCGUGGACCGCAAUUCGAUAUGAACACCCAGAUGUAUCAAUUCGACAAACAGAGUCUGGACUACUACACACAAUCCUCAGAUCCCUCUCUCGGGGCUAUCAAGAAUCUACUCAAUCAAAACGAGAAACCAGCGACAAACGAGGAUAAAGCUGGACGGCGGAAGCGUUAUUAAGUGACUGAUAUUGUACUACUAGUUUUAAUGCAAAUUUAUUAC